AUGUUAUCCGUUAUUUUCUUGACAUUUGCCACGAUCAACAAAGUUAUUGAUUGCCAAUCAUGGAACAAAUCCGACGGGAUUCUUCCAUGGGAAUCGUACAUAGAUUUAAAUGAUAUACAACGACCGCUGGGUCUUACAUUAAAUCGGUCAUCACUCGCACAUCAUCAUUUUGCUAUUGGAUAUUUUUGUCUUCAUUCAUUUAUGUAUGAUGAAGCACAAGAUGCUUUCACUCUUGCAAUCAACACAAAACCUACUCUGAUUGAAGCUCAUAUUGGAAAAAUGCUUGCAUGUAAACGUGUAUUGUGGUCACAUACUGAUAUCAAAUGUGGUUUAGAAGCAUACUAUGGAGCUAAGCUAAUGUUAAGAGCAACAAAUAUAACACUUUCACCGUUACAAUCAUCGUUGCUGUCAACUGUUUAUCAAUGGUACACAAACGAAUCGUUGAUUCGUGCUGGAGAACAAGUGUUUUUAUCUCUGAUAGCUGAUCUAUCCGAAACCUACCCAAAUGAAACUGAUAUUCGCGUACUAUGGAGCCUUUCACUUCUCAAUAUAGCUUGUCAAAAAGAAUUUCAAGAUCAAAUAGAAUCUACACCUGUGAUAGAAGCAAGAGAAAUAUUGAAAACAGUCCUCAUCACUGAACCAAAUCAUCCAGGUGCUCUCAACUAUAUAAUACGUAUAUUUGAUACUAAUCAAGUUGACAUGGCCGAAAAAGCUACAGAUUAUGCAUCAGCAUACAAUAAAACUGCAUUUACAUUGUCGUAUGCACAACAUAUGACGGCACAUAUUUGGAUCCGUGCAUGGCUUCUUGCUAUAUCAGCCGAUACAUCAGCUAUUCGAGCAAGUUUUGGAUUAUGCGCAACUAAAUUAUUAAAUCGUUCGACAUCAAUUUCAUCUAUUGAACUCGAAAAUGUCUUGACUCAAUUUAAUACAACAGAACAAAUAUCAUCUUUUCUUUUAUGCGAUGCAGAAAAUCGAGCUCACGCAAUGGAAUGUCUUUCAUACUCUCGUUUACAAACCGGCGAUUGGUCAGGCAGUAUAAAUUUAAUCAAAGAUCUAAUGGCUGCAAAUAAUCAAUCAUUUCUAAUACCCAAUUAUUAUUUACCAUUUGCCUAUCGAACGCAAGCGCGUACUAUUAUUGAUCUUUUCUUUUGGUUUUCCUAUAGCGAUGCAUUUUUGAACAAAACACAAUUACUUUCAUCAUUUGAUGACGAACAAUCAAUGAUGUCAUUAAGUGAUAAUGCUACACGAUGGUAUCCUAUAUGGAGUGAAGCAGGAUAUCGUUUUGCUGAUUGUCUUCAAUUACUAGUGAAUUUCUAUAUGGACAGAAAUACAUCUAGUAUCUCAUUAAGUAUAGAUAAUCAUCUAUCUCGUUUGGUCAUACUUUCUAAUCGAACGAAUGCAAUGAGUAAAUAUAUAUCAAAUAGUAUUUUAAUUAUGAUACCUCAAAUACUUGGCAUACGCCAUUAUAUUAAUGGGCUAUGGCAAGAAAGUUUAGAUGAAUUGAAUACAGCGAAUCAAAUCGAAUCGACACUUAUAGCGGAUAUUAAUAGUCCUGCGCUGAUGUUUGCACGUUCGUCUGAAUUACUUGCUAUGCAUCUAUUGAUUAUUUAUGAACAGCAUCAAAAUCAAUCGAAUGAGACCAAUGCUUUUAUGUAUGUAUUAAAUGGUACAAAAACGUCUGCUGAUAAAUUUCCAUCGAUAGCAUUGAAAUUAUACAAAACAUCUGAUCAGCUGGCUCCUAAUCGAGCUAUAAGUACACUUGGCAUGGCUCGAUCUAAUGCAUAUCUUAAUCGGCAUAGUAUAGCAGUUGGUUUAUAUCAACAACUUUCUUUUCAAAUGACAUCAACGCAUACUCAUGAUGAUAAUUUUCUAAAAGAAGCUAAUGAUUAUCUAGCUCGUCAUAGUUCAGCGAUUCGUGUUGAUAUUUGUUUUAAUUUAAUCUUUUGUUUUCUCAGUUGUUUACUUUAUUUUUGA